CGCUCGUCUCGUCAACCGGCUCGGCCAGAAUGUGCAGCCAUUUUGCGAGGCGAGGCUGGGCGCCACUUGAGGCCUGGUGAGUUGAUUGCGAGAAGCGCAUCGAUCGGCGCCUUUUUGAACGAGUCCCAAAGGCUGCUACCAGCGCUUGGUCGAUUGGCCGCGCCGGUCACUGUCGUCUCGCAUCGCCUCGCCUCGCCGUCCUGCGGAGACGCCUCCUCUCCGUCACGGGCACCGACCGACUCGGCGCCUCGCGAACAGGCGCUUCACGUCGCGAUGACCGGUCACCUCGCCACCAACCCGUCAGGGCCGGCCGGCCUCGGCGGCCGAGACGCGGACUUGGCCACCGCGGCACCUGCGUCACCGUCGGGACCCUUGUCGCCCGGCCACAAGCGCACACGCUUCCACCUUCAUUGCGUCAGAGCCACACGCCCAGGCUUUGGUUCGCCUUCCUGGGUGGCCUCUUCAUACAACAGGGUGUCUGACCAAGGGCGGACAAGUGCACAGACGCCUUGCCGGCGCGCGGGCCUGAGAGAGGGAGAGGCAGAGAGGCAGAAAGGCAGAGAGGCAGAGAGGCGUGCCGGCACGCGCUGUGGGCACACACACACACAUGAAGCGUAUCAAUUUGUUAACAGGAGCAUGGUCAAGAUGCCGGCCGGCUUGAUCGCCUCCCACUCGACGGGGUCGGCCGAGUUAUUGUUUGCAGCCUCGCCUGUCCGUUUGUCCGCAUGUCCGCCUGUCUGCCUGUCCGCCUGUCCUCAUGCCCGACGGGCACCCGCGGCCGCCGGUUCAGCUCGGCACAGCGUGCGCGCGCGCGCGCGCGCACACACACACACACACAACGCCUUCGUCAUGGUCAUUCUUCAUGCAACAUUUGCCCUCCGCCUGCGGCAUUCCGCUCUCCUCAACCGACUUGACGUGAGGCGUGCCGCUUUCCGGGGCCCCGCUGUCGCCGAAUCGGCCGGAGACAGGUCCGCAAUCGAGUUGCACACUGACGCUCGGCCAUGCUCGUGCGCGCCAUCGUUGGCGCAUUCGCCCGUUCACGUUCAUUCGCCACCGCACACACACACACACACACACACAGAACGGACGAUGGCAGAUCGUACUUAUUCAGGCGGGCAUAAAUGCCCUUUCCUCCUCCUCAAAGUGACGUAG